GAAGAGCUUCAUAGAGGAAGCGGAGUGUAAUUUCCUGGAAACAAACAUAAAGAAAUAGUCCGUUUAAAUGAUCGAUAAUCAGGUGAUCAGUAAACAUCUGGGGGCCUCUCGGUGUCUCUCCGCGCGCUGACUCACGCUAACAAACCGGGAACGGGCCUUUAGUAACAUAAACCCCGCCGUCGCUGUUAGCUGUUGUUAGCUUUAGCUGGUGUUAACCUAGCGGAGUUAGUUCGGUUCAGACCGGGUCAGGACCGUUUGUAUGAUGGGCGCUCACCGCGGGGAGGGAGGUCGGGACUGGCUGCAGCAGGACGGGCCGGAGCAGCGCGAGACCAGCCCGAAUCCGUGGAACAUGAUGAUCAAACACAGACAGAUUCACAGACGAGGACGACGCUCCCACAUGGCAGUCAGCUACACUGAUCCUCAGGUGUCUAUGGAUCUGUUGAGGGCGGUGCUUCAGCCAAGCUUCAACGAUGACAUCAUGGCUGUGUUCAGGAAGUACCAGAAGUUGUUUGAGAAAGCGGCGGAGAACGUGAAGGAGAACGUUGGAGACGACAUUCAGACCGACCUGCUGAUCAGAGAGACCUGCAGGAACGCUCUGGAACAUGCCAAACAGCUGUUUCCAGAGGGGGAGGCAAAGAGGGCGGGGUCAGAGGCUGCCAUCAAGAGGUCCAGAGCUGCUGAUGAAGACUACAGUCAGAGAGGAAGCCCCCUCCCAAAGAAGAGAAGAGCUCGUCCUGGAGCGGCAGCCAUCUCCUCUGAUCGACCUCACACUUUCUCCACUCAAGUGAAGGUGAAGUCUGACCCCGUGAAGAAAGACGGACCUAAGUGGGAUCCGUCCAGACUGAAUGAAGGCAGCACGUUUGUCCUUGGCUCCAGAGCCAACAAGGCAUUGGGGAUGGGCGGGACCAGAGGACGCAUCUACAUCAAACACUCAGAUCUCUUCAAGUAUGCAGCUGAUGCGAAGGAUAAGCAGUGGUUGGCAGAGAGACAUCACAUGAGAGCAACAGGAGGGAAGAUGGCGUACCUGCUGAUUGAGGAGGACAUCCAGGAUCUGUCUCGCAGCGACGAGUAUAAAGACUGUCCAGACAUCCAGAUGUCGGAGCUGAAGCCGUUCUCCGUCCCCCUGUGGAUGGUGGAGAAGAUGCAGAGAGCCAUGGAGGCUCAGAGAGACGCCGACCUCUGAUUGGCUCAGAGAGACGCCGACACCUGAUUGGCUCAUUGUUCUACUGUAUUUCUUCCUGCUGUUUUUAAAUAAAAUAAAUAGAAUUAAAAACUCCAAA